AUGACGACGAAACCUUUUGUGCUCAUGUUUAAGGCCAGCGCGCCAGCGUCAGAGAUCGACAACUACGUUGCGGAGGUCACGAAGCGCGGAGGGACUAUCCGCCAGCGUUUCAAUGCCGACUUUCUGCGCGGCUUCUCCGCGCAGAUCCCAUCCGAGUACGCCGAUUCGUUGUACGCUGCGGUCAAGGACGGGAAACACAAUAACAUGUAUGUACCUGAAGCACUAACAAAAGCGAAGUGA